AUGGCAGGUCAAGCCAAACUGUACUUGAAGCUCAAAGGGCUCAAUGUACCAUGCCAGGCGAUAACUGAUCAGUACAAUGCUUCCUUAAGGAUUGUGCUGCUGGGAAAGACUGGAGCAGGAAAGAGCUCAACAGGGAACACCAUCCUGGGCAGAAAGGCCUUUCUGGCAGACAUGUCACCUAAGCCUGUGACCAUGAAGUGUGAGAGACAUGAAGGAACAGUGGAGGGCAGAAAGAUCUCAGUGAUCAACACUCCAGGACUCUGUGAUACAUCACUGACUGGAGAAGCUCUGAAAGCUGAAAUAGAGAGGUGUGUGGAGAUGUCAGUUCCUGGUCCUCAUGUGUUCUUGCUGGUGGUCAGACUGGAUGUGAGAUUCACUGAAGAGGAGAGGAACUCUGUGAAGUGGAUUCAGGAGAACUUUGGAGAAGAAGCCUCAAAGCACACCAUCAUACUCUUUACUCAUGCAGACCAGUUGGAUUUUUCUGUAGAUCAGUAUGUGAGUCAAAGCGAGCAGUUAAAACAUCUCGUCCAGAAAUGUGAGGGCAGAUACCAUUCAUUUAACAGCAGAGACAUGCAGAACCGUGAUCAGGUCUCAAAGCUGAUUGAGAAAGUUGGGGAGUUAUCCAGGAAAUAUUACACUAAUGAGAAAUACAAGAGGGCUUAG